AUGGAGAGACAUUUCGUGUUAGUUCAUGGAGUUAUGCAUGGAGCAUGGUGUUGGUACAAGGUCGCCACUUUGCUUCAGUCAGUGGGCCAUAAGGUGACAUCUCUAGACAUGGCUGCUUCUGGGAUCCAUCCCAAGCAAGCCAGUGAGGUCAACUCUUACCGAGAAUACGUUGAGCCAUUAACACAGUUCAUGAAGGCUCUUCCCUCGCACGAGAGCGUGAUCCUUGUCGGUCACAGCGCAGGUGGGGGCUGCAUCUCUGUUGCAAUGGAGCAAUUCCCUGAAAAGGUCUCUGUUGCUGCUUUCGUUGCUGCACUCAUGCCAGGUCCAAAUAUCACCUUUGCUGCUCUAACUAAAGAGGAUGUAAUGCUUUCGAAAUCAUCGAUGAGACCCAGCCCCAGUUUCAAUGACUAUGAAUUGUUUGAUAAACAAACCACAUUCACGAAAGAGAAUUUUGGGAAAGUGAGAAGAGUUUAUAUAAUGGGCGACCAAGAUAUGCUGAUGAAGGAAGAUUUUCAGAAGUGGAUGAUUGAACUGCAUCCUCCAAAUGAGUUUAAGAAGAUAGAUGGUUCUGAUCACUUUUUGAUGUUUUCCACACCAAUACAACUAUUUUCAUGCCUCCAAGAUAUAUCGCACAAGUAUUAUUAA